ACACGCUUUGAAAUUGUCAAUGCUAAAAAAGAUGGUCAUAAAAUUUUGUCCAAAUUUUACUUCAAGAUAUCAAAGCUUCGAAGAUAAUGAGGAGGGUGAAAUUCAAGUUUUAGAGUCAAAAUCCAUUUGCUUGGAGCAUAAGAUCAAUUUUGAUUCGGAGGCAAUUCAAUUGAAGGAUGAUUGGGGAGAGAAUGAGAGAGAGAUUAAUUGGUGGAGUGAAUCUAAAACUCUUGAAAUCUCCUAUGCAAAUAUUUCAAUUGGACUCCUUCAAAGAUUUUACAAUGUUGAAGUUCUACUUGUAUAUUAUGAUGAUAAAUUGAUGAGUCUACUAUCAUUCUCAGCGUAUUUUCAAAAUCUUAAAGUUCUAAAAAUAAGUGAUUGCUACGGGUUGAUGAAGAGGUUAAUAAUGUCUUCAAUGACUAAAAGCUUGGUGCAACUAAGAGAAAUGAGUAUAGACGGUUGUGGAUUGCUUACUGAAAUAGUUGACAAUGAGGGAAACGAAACAACAACUGAAAUUGUUUUUAACAAUUUGAACAAGUUGUCACUUGAAGACUUAGAUUGUCUCACAUGUUUUUGUUCGGGAAAUUACUCUUUUAAUUUUCUAUCUUUGGAAGAGUUAAUUAUAGAUAGAUGCCCCAAUAUGAAGACUUUCUCUCUAGGAAGCUUAAACAUACCAAAGUUACGCAAUGUCCAUUAUAGGAUAUCUUGGGAAGAUAAGAUGAAGCUGUUUGAGAUUGGGGAGAAUGACUUAAAUACAACUAUACAGCAAGCCAGCAAAAAAAGGGUAUGUAUUUAAUUAAUUAGUUUAAUAAUAUUUCUAAUGUGUUAAGAAUAUAUAUUUUCUUCUCGAAAUAUAAUAAAUUGUGUUUAAACAAUAUUGACCUUAAUACCAUAUUAAAAAGAAUUAGUUUUGUAUAUGCUAAAAAUUAUUGUUGAACUAGUGGCCACAACACACUUA